UGGGUGAUGCAGUAAGAAAGGAGGGAGCACAUGGUUGAAUGCCACGUUAAAGAAAGAGUUAUGACGUCAAGUACCCAAGCCUACGGUGAGCCAUGGUACUGGGACAACCGCUACACCAACGAACCUGGUCCCUUCGAUUGGUAUCAAAAGUACAUCACUUUGGCUCCCAUCAUCAGCCUCUAUGUCCCUCCUACACAACGCAUCCUCAUCGUUGGUUGUGGCAACUCAGCCUUCAGCGAAGGCAUGGUGGUUGAUGGCGGUUACACAGAUGUUGUCAACAUUGAUAUAUCUUCGGUGGUUAUUGAAGCUAUGAAAAGCAAAUACCAAGAUUUCCCCCAAUUGAAAUAUGUGAAAAUGGAUGUGAGAAACAUGAGUGAUUUUGAAUCAGAGUCUUUUGAUGCUGCUAUUGACAAAGGGACUCUUGACUCUAUCUUGUGUGGAAAUAAUUCAAGACAAAAUGCUACAAAAAUGCUUGAGGAGAUCUGGAGGGUCCUCAAGGAUAAAGGAGUUUAUGUUCUGGUGACAUAUGGAGCUCCGCUAUAUCGCCUACGUUUGUUACGAGAAUCAUGCUCAUGGACAAUAAAACUCCAUGUCAUAGAGAAACUUGCCUCAGAAGAGAAAUCUGAUCAACCAGUUUGGGAGCUUACAAAACCUGUUCCCCUCAAUGAUGAUGGAACCUCUGUGGAGGAAGCUCUAGGAAGGAAUCCUGAUGUCCAUUACAUAUACAUUUGCACUAAGGAAAUUUCUGCUAACUCAAACACAAAGCCAUGAUUAGGUUUUUUAGAGGAGGAGGCAUACACUUCCACUCUCUAUAAAUUUCUGUUGCUACUUUUUUACUGUAGUUGAUCUUAGAGCUUGUAAUGUUUAUUUCAGAUAUUUUGAUUUCUCAGAAUGUGAUAUCAAGACAGUCAUUUGUUUAAUUCCAAAUUUGAUUGAUUCCAUGA